AUGCAGGCAGGGGACGCACUCCUUUUUGUCCGCUCGCUUCCGUGUAUACAGAUAUUACCAUACUUCCAAACCACUACCUGCGCAAUCAUUGACGUUCCUACGACUACAAGCCUAACCUGGCGUCGCCCCGGGACAAGUGCGCCCUCGCAUUCCCCGCGCGAGGCCGCUUCAUCCCACUUCGGCAUGUACACACCAGUCCUGCCGCCGUCUCCCGGCCCGGCCUCACCGCGGGAUAGGUCUUCGUCUCGGUUAUGCAGGUGCGGACCCGCAGGUGACUACAAGCCAAGGGUUGUGACAGCAAUGUCGACGCACGAUGCUGAAUGGACGCUCAUCCACCGGCCGGCCCAUGGCAUGCCCUCGGAUGCCAGUGCCUAUGGAUGCUGCAGAUACGUGGCGCCACCCCCGAACUACCCGUUGCCUGCUGCAGAAUCUGCUGAGAUCCCAAAAUGCAAGUCGACAAGGUCGUAUGCCUCGAGCCUAUACGCAGUCCUCAUUCGUGCGGGCCCGUCUCUCGCAUGCACCCGUGCAGCCCUCCCCAUCUUGCUGGUGGGUAACGAGCACAAGUUCCGGCGGCUUGGUUCCCCCAAGGCUCUGUGUGUGACAGACGAGCUCCGGUCACCUGAUGGUAGGCACAUGGCCAGCGCCUUGGGAAUAGGACACCAAACUUCCUCAUGGAACGUCUGGUACAAGGAGAGGAGGAGGUCAGGCUGGCACAUGGUGGAUGCUGCAAGCAACAGCGCCUAUUUGUCUGCCAGCCAUCUACUUGGCUGCUGCGUUGCGAGGGGGUUACAUCCACUCAACCUUGCCCGACGAGGGGCACCAGAUGCUGCAGCUAGGAUGACAAUUGGGGCGGAUAUGGGGGCCGUGUCUGCUCACAUCGGUGUUCCUACAACCACCACAUCACAUCACAUCACGAUCUCUGGGCCCAGCUCCCCGCAACCGUCCGCCAAUGCCCUUCCUGGACUUGGUGGACCAUCUCCUGCCCGUCUAAGUCUCUCGGCGAUCGUUGCUUGCUUCUUACAGCUACAGUGUGCCGCUCCAGGGCCGGUCGACCUCUGA